AUGGCAUAUGUGUAUGUUUAUACUUAUAUAUAUAUACAUAUAUAUAUAUAUAUUCUAGGCUGUAUGGCUGAAAGAUUAAAACAUAAGUUUUUGGAAAAAGAGCGGAUGGUGGAUAUUGUAGCUGGUCCUGACAGCUAUAAAGAUCUUCCAAAUUUAUUAUCUUUGGCAGAUGAAGGACAAAAAGCAGUUAAUGUGAUGCUUUCUGUGGAUGAGACAUACGCAGAUAUUAUGCCAGUAAGAAUGAAUGCAUCAUCUAAAACUGCAUUUGUAUCAAUAAUGAGAGGUUGUGAUAAUAUGUGUACUUAUUGUAUAGUUCCAUUCACUAGAGGUAGAGAACGUAGUAGACCAGUUUCUUCUAUUUUAGAUGAAGUAAAAUAUCUGUCUGAACAAGGAAUCAAGGAAAUCACUCUUCUGGGACAAAAUGUAAAUAGUUUUAGAGAUUUAUCUGAAUCUGCACAAAUGUUUAAAAAGUAUUCUCCAACAAAGGAUAUUCUCAGCUCAGGUUUUCAUACUGUUUACAAAACUCGAAAUGGAGGCUUAAGAUUUGCAGAUUUAUUGGAUAAAGUGUCUGAUGUAAAUCCAGAAAUUAGAAUCAGAUUUACUUCUCCUCAUCCUAAAGAUUUCCCUGAUGAUGUUUUACAUGUUAUUAAGCAGAAACCAAAUAUCUGCAAAUUACUACACCUCCCAGCUCAAAGUGGUAAUUCUGAAGUUCUUCAGCGCAUGAGACGUGGUUACACCAGAGAAGCAUAUUUAGAAUUAGUAGACCAUAUUAGGGAAAUAAUACCAAAUGUGGCAUUUACCUCAGAUUUUAUUUGUGGGUUUUGUGGUGAAACAGAAGAAGCUCAUCAGGACACAUUAUCUCUAGUUGAAAGAGUGAAAUAUGAAUUUGCAUAUGUUUUUCCUUACAGUAUGAGAGAGAAAACUCAAGCAUUUCACCGUUUAAGAGACGAUGUGCCUGAAGAUGUAAAAAAAUGUAGAGCAGAUGAAGUUUAUAAUUUAUUUCGAGCAUGUGCCUUAGAACUACACCAGAAAGAGAUAGGAAAUUAUCAUUUAGUUCAAGUUUUAGGACCAAGUAAGCGUUCUAACUUAGACUGGUCUGGCAGAAAUGACUGGAAUACUAAAGUAAUUUUUCCACAACUACCGAUUCCUGUUGAACAGAAUUCAAGCAAUUGUCAGUUGCCAUCACCUGGCGAUUAUAUAGUUGUAGAGAUUAUGGAUUGUACUUCUCAAGUUUUAAAAGGGAAAGCUCUGUACCUAACUUCACUUCAGAAUUUCUACAGCAAAAUUCAGAAAAAAGCUUCUGUAUGUAUUUGAUGAAAUAAAAUAGUUAUAUUUUAUACCUUC